CGACGGAGCCGCAGCAGGGGGGUUCAAGAGCCACGUGCGGCUCCAGAGCCACGGGCUGCCGACGGGGCCUAAGUGUUCUUUGGGCAUUUGCCUGUCAGUCUUGGGCUGCUGCCUCACUUUCAGCUUGUGUUUGUUCUCUGUCCAUGCUCUUACUUUUCAAAUAUUCCGAAGCAAAGCCUUGACAUGACCUGUUUCUUGGCAGAGCGGACUGCUGCUGGGGUGAGUCUCAGACGCAGAGUAGUCCUGGCCGGGCUCUGGAAUGCUGGCCUGCUCGGGGGAGAGCCGUGUCGUUUCCCCCCACCCGCACCAGGCAGGCAGACGGCCACACGCCUUUUCGAGAGGGAGUGCCGUGGGGCUCCCCAAGCCCCCAUGAGGGGGCUGCCUGGCGCCCUCUCAAAAGAGCGAGCGCGCGAGUGCGUACGUGUGCGCAUGCUGAUGGCCCAGCGGAGGGGACGCGGGGGCUAGCAGAGCAGGAUGCACGGGCGAGCCCUGCGUGGGGACAUGGGGCGCCUCCAAGCCCACCCGGGCGCGGUGCGGGGCAAGGGCGGCCCUGCCGCUGGCCAAGACGAGGUUGCUGACGCGGGGCACGUGCCCCCCCUCCCCUCCCCCAGCUCGUCUUCCUCAUCACCCCCCUGCAGACAGGUGCGGGGCCCCACCAUUGGUCUCUACCCCGCAGCUUCCCUCCCAGUGCUGCCCUCCCCACAGCGUCUGCCGCCCCCGCCCACCCUUGCUCUCUCAGGUGGAAAUGCAGCCCAAACGGCCGGACAUCCCUUCCCCCACACCUCACUUUCCGUGCGGGGGCCCACCCGGGUGUUGCAGGAGCAGUCCAGACCCCGCGGGACGGUCCCCGGGGGGGCUGCCUGGGCCCGGCUGUCCACUACCCCCCCCCCCCCGGUCUGCCUCUCAGGUGUACAAGGGCCUGGACAUCAUCACCAACAAAGUUUCCCCAGAGGAGCAGAGGCUGUGCAAGCAUCACAUGAUCAGUUUUGUGGACCCCCUGGUCACCAGCUACACUGUGGUGGACUUCAGGAACAAGGCCGUCCCCCUGAUCGACGACCUCUUCGCCUGCCAGAAGAUGCCAAUUGUGGUUGGGGGAACCAACUACUACAUCGAGUCCCUGCUCUGGAAUGUUCUGAUUGACACGUCGGCCAAAGCCCAGCGCUCAGGCUCUGAGGAGAGAUCUGCAGAGCGGAGGGCUCAGCUGCAGAACCUGGACGGCCAAGAGCUUCACCACCUUCUGAGCCAGGUGGACCCCGAAAUGGCAGCCAAACUGCACCCCCAUGAUAAGCGCAAGGUGGCCAGGAGCCUGGAAGUGUUUGAAGAGACGGGCAUCCCGCACAGCAUGCUCCUGCAGCACCAGCGGCAGCAGGAAGGAGGGGGGCCGCUGGGGGGCGGCUUGAGGUACCGCAGCCCAUGCAUCCUCUGGGUGCGCGUGGAGAAGGCAGUCCUGGAAAAGCGGCUGGAGGAGCGUGUGGACGCCAUGCUGCAGGCCGGGCUGCUGGAGGAGCUGCGUGGUUUCCAUCAGCGGUACAACCAAGCAAGGGUGGCAGAGAACAGCCAGGAUUACCAGCACGGCAUCUUCCAGUCCAUCGGCUUCAAGGAAUUCCACCAAUUCCUGACCACGGAGGGCCAGUGCUCGAAGGAGGCCAGCAACGAGCUCCUGGAGGAAGGCAUCCAGGCCUUGAAGCUGGUGACCAAGAGGUAUGCCCGGAAGCAGGUCAAGUGGAUCCAGAACCGCUUCCUCCGGCGUCCUGGACAAAAUGUGCCACCCGUGUACAGCUUGGAAGGCUCGGAUCUCUCUCAGUGGGAAGAGAAAGUGCUGGAACCGGCCAUCCAGAUCGUAGAGAGCUUCUUCCAGGGGCGGCAGCCACCCGUGCAGCCCUUCGUGCUGGAGCGCAACCCAGAGGAGGACAAGCGGCGCGGCUGCAUGUGUGAGCCGUGUGGCCGCCUCAUCAUCGGGGACAGAGAGUGGCAAGCUCACGUGAAAUCCAAGGCUCACCUUUCUCAACUGAAGAAGCUGCGGCACCAGCCCUCCCUUCCGCAGGCCCCAGCCUGCCGCAGCGGGGGAACAGAGAUGGGCAGCAAGCCUGACAGCGAAGGAGGCGGCGUGGGGGCCCAGCGAAUCUAGCCCGGUCUUGCCUUGGGCGGCCACUCUGCCAGCAGGGCUCGGGCGCCAGAGCCCGGAAGGGUCCCAUCCUCCGGAUGCCGCAGGGCAGAGGCCAGGCGGGGCCCACCCCCUGCUCCAGCUGUCCUGGCCUGAGGAAUGCAGCCCCCCCAUUCCUCCAGGAAUUAAGUGCGCUGUUUGGAGUAAGGACUGGAUGGAUGCCGGGCUGCAGAACCUACCUUUGUGCAGCAUUGGUGUGCCUUUUUAAAGAACGCUGUAUUUGUCUAUUCCAGUGCAGCCUUCGUACUUUGUGUGAUGGUGGGAAAGCCGAGCACCCCUCUGGGACCAUUUCAGAAAGUGGCCCGCUGCACUGCAUCACAAAAGUUUUAAGCCUUUACACUGGCCUCACGGCUGUUUUUAACAGGGAAAUGUCACCCUACGGGUGGUCGUGCAGCUCGGAGGCACCCAGCAAAGUAGUCCCCGGCGCCCCGGGCUCCGUUCUCUGCAGCUGCGUGUCCUUGUAGUCCUGUGGGUGAAGAAGAGCUUCCGGAAGAACAAGUCACUGCAGGUUUGCCGGGGAAGUGUCCCUCGCCGUGCUCAUUGCUCCCUGCAGACGGAUUGCAUUAAGGAAUGUGAAGGUCAGGCCUUGAUGGUCUGAAUGGUUCUGUGUGGCGAGCAGCUCUGUCUGCAUGCAGGCGAUCUCUGCAUAUGGGCCAGGCACCUGCUGCCGAGGGAUCGGGGGCCUGGCGGAGCGGGGACUGAGUGUGUGUCAGCUCUCAGCUCCGGACAGGCUGACUGGCCCUGCGUGAUCCGUUGGUGCUGUGCUGUGUCCAGCUUAAUAAACUAUUCUUCCCCCCUCCA